ACUGAGAGGUAGGGUGGAAGUGUAUACAAUUACCUGCAUUUUAAAUACUUUACUUUUGCUAAAAUAUGUCAUACCAAAGUGGAAUUAACAGCAAUUCAUGGCAAAGCCAACAAUAUAAAUCAGAAGCGGGCCAAUACACAAAUCAAGGAUAUGGUAAUCAAAAUCCUUAUGGUGGCCAGCAAUACAACCAGACACAAUAUUCGAAUACAAAUCAGUUUAACCAAGGCAGCAACCAUCAGUAUCAGGGGGUGGCGGGGAACAAUUCAACAAAAUCUACUGGAAAAGUUUCUUCGGAGACAAGUGACCCAAACACAGCGCACAUGCGAUUGUUUGUUGGGAAUAUAAACACACAGAACUUGACAAAAGAAGAGCUUUAUGCUAGGUUCUCACACUAUGGGAACGUAACAGCAGUGUCCUUGCACCGUGGGUUCGCCUUUGUUCAGUUUGAUGACCCCUUAUGUGCCCGAAGUGCAGUGGAAGCUGAGAAUGGAAAUAUGAUCGCUGGACAAAAAGCUGAUAUCAAUAUUGCAGCUGAACCAAAGCCGAACCAAAAGCAGCCGGAUAGCGACCAGAAUAGUUUUCAACAAGGAGGAUAUAAUUCAUGGAGCCAAGGAAGUGGUGUAAGAGGUGGAGCCAGGGGUGGAAGAGGAAGAGCUAGUGCUGCUGCAAGAGUUGUUGUGCGUGGAGCUCUGCGUGGAGUAAGAGGAGGAGCUUUCAAUCGAGGAAGAGUCGCAGCUCGUGGAAUGUUGACUCGCGGCUCAAGAGGAAGAGUAUUAAGAGGCCAGAAAGUCUUCUCUGGUCGAGUUACUAAACCGGCAGUUCGAAAGCCUAGUUUGCCUUCUCACGAUACAAUUUCAAAAGCUAUUCAACCACCAGCACCACCAACGCCAUCAGUUAACCCCAUGCCACCCCCUCCUGCCCCACCAACUGAACGAGCCUUUGGAUCAUUUGCUGCACAGUACCUGGAUCUUAAAACUGUUAAAAAAGAUUUAGUUGAGAUAAGAGAAAAAGUCAAUGCGUUGAUUCUCUGUGUCGCAAAAGCUGAGGCGAUAGCAGCAUCUGUAAGGGAGGACCAAGAAGAGGAACAAGAGCAGAAUAAUGGGAGUAAAGAAAAAGAAUUGGUGAUUGUUACUAAGCAGGAACCAAACAACUGAAGCUGCAACAAAAGCUCAAAACUUUUUGACCAAAAAUUGACUUUUAUUCUGAUGAACCUGUUCACACUCUUCCUUUUUAAGAUGUGGGGACAAUGUGGACACAAUUUUUGACUGUUUCUUUUCUUUUACAUUUUUCAAAUUAGGGCUGACUGAAAUAUAAAAACCGUGUAUGUGAAUGUAAUUGUUCAAAUUUUCGUUUUUAUUAAAAUUUCUUCACUAUGUCAACAGUUUGCUACACAUGAAGGCUACUAUUUUAUCAUAAUGCCCAGACAUGAUAGUUUUAUUAAUGCAAUUGCAGUACAUGGUCAAGAAAGAUGGCCAUGCUACAGUAACAGUAUAAACUUUAAUUGAUCAAUAACUGGUUAGAUCGCACACUACUACAAUGGUUUAAAAACUAAAAACUUUGGACUUUUAUUGUGUAAAACACUAAAAACAGUACAUUGUUUCCAUCAAACCACUGUACUGUAAUCAUACAAUAAACAAACAUUAAGUUUAAAACAUAGUUAAUGUGUUUUAGGAAUCUAUUAUGGUUCCUUGUAAUCAUCAGUUUCUUUUUCCCGAGCUGUGACAUUUUUAGCAAUCUGUCUGCUCACUGGUUUAAAAAUUUCUUCUCAUUUGGAAUAAUGCAAUGAUAACUCUUUGAAUAUUCAAUAAAUAUUUUUCCCGUAUCCCCCCCAAA